ACUUCAUACUUCUACUCCACUACAGUCAUUAUUGCACUUUUAUUCCACCCGUGGCCCCACCCUAACCAGCUGCAGUACUACUGAUAUAAUAUAUAUUUUUCUGAAAUGCCCUUUUCUGCAUAAUGACUAUUUUUACUUUUAGUUCUUUAAGUAUAUUGUGAUGCCAAUACUUUUGUUCUUGAGUUUAACUAAUAUUUUUGAUUUUGUAUUAUAGUAUUUUUACACUGUGGUAUUGCUACUUAUUCUAAAUAUUUAUACUACUGGGUAAUUUAAUCUAUAAUAAAACAUCAACAUUUAUUUUGUGAUUAUAUUUUGUAUUAAUCUGAAUUGGCAAAGUAACUAAUAGACUAAAACUAAAGCUUUCAAAUAAAUGCAGUGAAGUGAAAAGUACAAUAUUUCCUUAAAGUGUAGCGGAGUUGAAUUUGCAUCAAAUGGAAUUAAUCAAGUAAAGUACAAGUACCUCAAAACUGAACUUAUGUGCAGUACUUGAGUUAAUAACUUAGUUACUUUCCACCAAUAAAUAAUAUAUGUAUUAAUACAGUACAAACCUCUGAAAGGGGCAAUUUUGCAAAAUUAGUACUUUUACCUUUGAUAUUUUUACUACGUUUUGCUGAUAAUACUUUUGUAGUUUUACUUGAGAAAAAGUAGUCCUCAAGGACUACAAAGAUGGGCCCCAGGCCUGUAAAGUAAAAGUGCCACAAAUUGUGUGCCUAAGUACAGUGCUUGAGUAAAUGCACUUAGUUACUUUCCACCACUGUAUAGUCUUAACAAGUAUAAUAAUGCAGUAUAAACAUCUGAAAGGGGCCAUUUUGUAUGAGUACUUUAACUAUUUAUACUUUAAGUAUCAUUUUGUAACUCAUACUUUUGUACUUUUACUGCAAAGGAUCUGAAUACUUCCUCCACCACCUACAAGUAUUCCUAAUUCGCCACAAGGACUACAACGAUGGCCCCCAGGCCUGUAAAGUAUAAACAAGAGAGAUAGGUAAAGCCCAGUGCACACACACAGGCACUGUAAACGGGUUGCCAGUUUGUGUCAGGGCCACCUCACUGACUGGAAGCCAAGAAGAAGAAGAAGAAGAAGAAGAGACCCAGCCCCUCUGUAAACCAGCACAGCGACUCGUCCGGGUUUCCACGCCUUUUGCCGAUUAGUUUGAUAGCAAAGCUAGCGACGGACUAAACCGGGGGAUGGCUCCUCUCCCUUUUCCACACAAGUUAUAAAAUGCUAUAUCAGUAGCGGGUUGUUAACGUUACAGUUUAACGCGGGUUUGUUUUCCACCUCCACGGUCCACGGUUACUUCCUGGUGCCACAGAGAGAGGCAGUGCUGAGUUAAAGAGACAGAAAAAUACUGAUAGAAAUUCAGAUAGAAAAAAAAAAAUACUGAGAGAAGAGAGGGGUUGGAGACGCGAUAGGAACAGUUGACUGGAUUCCCCAGAAAUUGAAAACCCUCUCUCUCUCUCCUUAUUUAUAUGUAUUUUUGAUAUAUCUUAGUGGAACCGAGUCGUUAUUCUCCGUUGGUUUGUAAACUAACAAACGGUUUGGAUGACGGUUGGCUGCGGCUAAAGCGGAACAUAUUCCUCCCUCCGACGGAGAAGAAGCCUCGCAGAGAUUUUAUUUUUUCCCUUUUUUAUUUUUACAGUAAGACUCAUUGCUGUGUUAUUUUUUUUUUUAAACACACGAAAUCAACCGGGGUGUUUUUUUUUUUUUUUUUUUUUAUAUAUAUAUUUUUUUUUUUUUACGAUUCCACAAGGAAGGGUGAGGGCGACGGAAGAUGGGUUGUUUGGGCAACAGCAAGACUGAAGAUCAACGCAUCGACGAAAAGGCACAACGAGAGGCGAAUAAAAAGAUAGAGAAACAGUUGCAAAAGGAAAGACAAGCGUAUAAAGCCACACACAGGCUGUUAUUACUGGGUGCGGGAGAGUCCGGAAAAAGCACCAUUGUGAAGCAGAUGAGGAUUCUACACGUCAACGGCUUCAACGCGGAAGAAAAGAAACAGAAAAUCCAAGAUAUUCGGAAAAACGUGAAGGAUGCCAUAGUGACUAUAGUGUCUGCGAUGAGCACUUUAAUACCUCCAGUCCCGCUAGCCAACCCAGAGGACCAAUUCAGAAUCGAAUACAUCAAAAGCAUAGCACCUCUCUCCGACUUUGACUACUCACAGGAGUUCUUUGAUCACGCAAAGAAGCUGUGGGACGACGAAGGAGUGAAGGCGUGCUUUGAGAGGUCCAAUGAGUACCAGCUCAUCGACUGUGCACAAUAUUUCCUGGACAGAAUUGACUCUGUAAGACAGAACGACUACACACCAACAGACCAGGACCUGCUACGCUGCCGAGUGUUGACUUCAGGGAUUUUCGAGACGAGGUUCCAAGUAGACAAAGUGAACUUUCACAUGUUUGAUGUUGGAGGCCAGAGAGAUGAAAGGAGAAAAUGGAUCCAGUGCUUUAACGACGUCACUGCUAUCAUCUUCGUGGUGGCCAGCAGCAGCUACAACAUGGUAAUAAGGGAAGACAAUAACACCAACAGGCUACGGGAAGCCCUGGACCUCUUCCGCAGUAUUUGGAACAACAGAUGGUUACGCACUAUAUCGGUCAUAUUAUUCCUGAACAAGCAGGACAUGCUGGCUGAGAAAGUAUUAGCUGGAAAAUCCAAAAUUGAAGACUACUUCCCCGAAUAUGCUCGCUACACCAUACCAAAUGAAGCAACUCCUGAACCUGGUGAAGACCCAAGAGUGACGAGAGCUAAGUUCUUCAUCCGAGACGAGUUUCUUCGGAUCAGCACUGCGAGUGGCGACGGCAGACAUUACUGCUACCCCCACUUCACCUGCGCCGUGGACACAGAGAACAUCCGGCGGGUGUUCAACGACUGCCGGGACAUCAUCCAGAGAAUGCACCUGCGGCAGUACGAACUCUUGUGAUGGGAGACCGCCUCCGUCAGCCUUCUGUGUUUUUCUCCAUCAUUCUGCAUCCUUGACGAACCCUUCCUUCUCUUCCUCCUCCUCCUUCAUCCUUACUCCUCCCCCCUCCUCCCCCCAGAGAAACCCUCAACAACCCCCUGACCACCCCUCCUGUCGAGGACUAUGAAGUACUACUGAAGUGUGUCAAAUCCUCUUCCUCUUCUUAACUUCUUAGCAUUUUGUACUUCUCUUUUUUUUCUCUCUCUCUCUCUCUCUCUCUCUCUCUCUCUCUCUCUCUCUCUCUGAGACCGAUUCAUCCCCAUUUCACCGAUUGUGAGAGGAAGGUUGGGGAACAAAGUUGUUGCGUGCCGCUUCUUGUUUUCUUCUUUUUCUUUUAAUCCUUCCUUUUGAAUGCCUUGAUUUUUUGUCAUUCCACUAAGCCUUGGGCUACCUCCUUUUCUUUUUUUUUUUGCCCCUUUGUGUCCUUCUGUUGUUGUUUUUUUGGCUUUGUCAUUGGACCUGGACUGGUGGGUGUGGAUACAUAAAAACACACCUACAGGACCUCAGUGUAGAGGCAGUGUGUGUGUGAGAUGAAGAGCAGGAGGAAUGCCAUGUGAGCGAGUGUGUGUGUGUGUGAGUGUGUGUGUGUUUUGUUAUGUUUGUGUGUCACCUGCCGGUUAAAGCUGGCAUCGCCACCAUCACCUUUGCCCCCCUUUUUAAAUUUUUUUUGCCCCGUCACCCCCUCUGAGCCGCUUCUUCUCUCCGUGUGGGAGACGACUGGACGACACCGGAGAGCAACGGGAGAGGACGGAGGGGAACCGAAUGGAUGAAGAGAUAAAUGCACUUUGCAUCAGGUUCCUUAAUAACUUCUUUUUUUUUUUUUUUUUUUUUUUCCAGAGGAAGCAUACACACAAUGUAGCAUCACAAUAUUUAUUACCCUGUCACGAUGUUAGCUUGCCGAGCUGCAGGGUGCACCGAGCGGCCGAGAGACAUGCGGAGCGAAAGAUUAAAGUGGGAGUGGGGCAGGAACGACACGAAGAAGGAUUUAAAUGAAGGAAAAGGGACUGAGCUCUCUGCACCUUAGCCCUGCUGCCUCCACGGACUCGGACCGGCCUCCUUUUUCCACACAAACCAUCCUUUUAGCAUAGAAAUACCGAUGGGAGGGGAGGGUGGUAGAGGGACGGGAGAGAAAAACGUAUUGUUCUCUUAUUUUAUUUUUUUUUUUUUUUGUUAACUUGUACACUGUGCAAGGUUGAAUUAUCCUGUACAGACUGUAAAAUGUAAUAUUAUUUUGUACAACUUAAUUGAAAGAAAAACAAAUCUACUUGUAGAUCUUUGUGCCUUGAUUAUGGCUGUACCUGUAAAUGAGCUCAGAUGUAAGUAUGUUUUCGACUGCGCUGUACAGCUUGAUGUCAAUCUCUAUCAGCAGCGGAAGACUGCGGGUAGGGGACUUUCUCUGUAGAGUUUAGUUUUUUCUGGUUUAUAAAAAAAAAAAGGAAAUGCUGUUUAGUAAAAAAUAAAAAAUAGGGAAAAAAUCCUAAAAACCUGUAUACAUUAUGCAAAUUAACCACUUACCUGCAGUGAAGACCAGAUGUUGCAGCGCCAUGCCUUUUGUUUUUCUUUUUUCUUUUUCGGUUUUCUUUUUCCUCCUUUUUCUUUCUUUUGAAUUUCACAGCUUUAAACAAACAUUGGAAAUCCAUUGAAAGUGUCCAAAUUGCAACCUGGUGUUGUUUUAAUAGGAACCAACGUUUUUUCGAUAUGAAGUGUGUCUGAGAUCUGUACUGAUGUGCGUGCCUGUGCGCAUGUGUACAUAAAACAAACAUAGACUCACAGACGCAUUGUGUGUAUGUGUGUAUGUGAGGGGCGAGUGUGCGUUGUGUGUAAAAUUUUAUAAAUGUAUGUACAUGUAAAUUUAUAGGUCUAUAUAAAUAUAUAUGUACAAUUAUACAUGUUUAAUUAUGUGUGUGCCUAGGUGUACAUACCUAUGUAUGUAUACGGUAAAUAUGUAUACAUACACACAUAGGAAAGCAUGUUUAGAAUGGAGAUGAAUAAAUGAGAGCGUGCAAUAUUAGUAAUUCUUUGGUCCUUUGGAGCCAUACCCAAUGGCACAGGCACUAUGAAUGUGUGAGCAGCACCCAACAAGACAAGCUCUUCUCCUUGUACAAACAGCAUCAGCCUUUUCUUCUGCUACAGUACACGUCUAUCCCCAAAAGAGAGUGAACUGACUGGAGGUGCAAAAACCUUGUUUGGCCUGGGAGGAUGAUUAAAUGACAUUUUUAUUUUCUUUAAAUAAAGAGGCACAUUAGAGGA